AUGAGCUCCGUGGCUCUGCGCCUUCGAGGAGCUCCCGUAUACGCUGGUACUCGUGGCAUUUCGCAUUCAUGGCGACCAUUGCGAUCGGCUAGCAGCUUCCCGUUAUUGCUGGGGUCUCUGGACGCGUCGAGGCAUUACACUCGGCCAUUGAAUGGGUCUUGUAUAAACAGAUAUAGCUCAAUUUCCCCGGUGAGCUCAAGGCCAAUUUCCAUGGGGAAUCCAGUGCCUGUUUCUCACGGCUCUGAAAAUGUCAGAUCGAAGUGUAUGACCCCGCUGCCACACUUUAAAGCGUUCGCGAGGAGAUUUUCGAGCGGAACAGAGCCGCGCAUGGACUCCAACAUGCACUCGGUCCAGGGUGGAUCUCAAGUUCACCGCGCCUUUAUCGCGCUGGGGAGUAAUGUGGGAGAUCGGGUGGAAAUGAUUGAAAAGGCUUGUCUCGAGUUGGACAGGGCCAAUAUCAAAGUUAGGAGGACUAGCUCGCUUUUUGAGACGACUCCGAUGUAUGUGUUGGAACAGGAUACAUUUAUCAAUGGAGUCUGCGAGGUUGAAACCACUCUCGGGCCGAUGGAGCUUCUGGAUACACUUCAAUCUAUCGAGAAUGCGCUGGGCCGAAAGAAGUUGAUCGACAAAGGCCCACGUUCAAUUGAUCUGGACAUCCUACUAUACGACCAAGAGAUAUUCUCACACGAACGCCUCGAUGUCCCACACAAGCUCAUGCUAGAGCGAGACUUUGUCCUCCGGCCACUCUGCCAAUUAAUCCCUCACGAACGACCUCCUCAACCAGGCAAGAACACACAAACAUACAGCGAAUAUCUCAAAGCACUCCCACCACCAGAGCCAACACCUCACUCAACAACACCAAUCUCUUCAACCUUCCCAUCCCUACACGCCACGGAUCCCACCCGCAACACCCACGUCAUGGCAAUCCUCAACCUCACCCCAGACUCCUUCUCUGACGGAGGCACCCACUCCCCAUCCGACUUCACCCAACUCACCGAAACAGUCCGCAAAUUCAUCGCCUCCGGCGCAACAAUCAUCGAUAUCGGCGGUGAAAGCACCCGACCCGGCUCAACCCCCGUCGGCGCAGAUGAAGAAAUAGCCCGCGUCGUGCCCGCAAUCACCCACAUCCGCACCUCCAUCCCGGAAGCAGCCAACAUCGCCAUUAGCAUUGACACCUACCGCGCCCGCGUUGUGGAAGCAGCCUGCGCCGCCGGCGCAGAUAUCAUCAACGAUAUCUCCGCCGGCCUGCUAGACCCGGAAAUGCUCCCCACCGCCGCGCGCAUUGGCAAAUCCAUCAUCCUGAUGCACAUGCGCGGUACACCGCAAACCAUGACCAAAUUAACCGAGUAUCCCGGCGGAGUCAUCCCCGAAGUAGCCACCGAGCUACGCGGACGCAUCGCCGCCGCCGAAGAAGCAGGUAUCCGGCGUUGGCGGAUUAUCCUCGACCCGGGAUUGGGCUUUGCGAAGAACCAGCCGCAUGAUCUUGAGAUAUUACGGGAUCUGGAUCGAUUGAGACAGGUUGAAGGGCUGGAGUGUUUCCCUUGGUUAAUGGGACCGAGUCGAAAGAGGUUCGUUGGUCAUAUUACUGGUGUGAAGACGCCGAAGGAACGUGUUUGGGGCACGGCUGCGACUGUUUCCGCUAGUGUUGCCGGUGGAGCCGAUAUUGUGCGUGUGCAUGAUGUGCAUGAGAUGUGGCAGGUGACCAAGGUUGCUGAUGCGAUUUAUCGUGUUUGA